CUCACAACCGUUCCUAUUCUCAAACCGACAAGAUGUUCCGAUUUAAAGCGAUGCUGGUUGUCAUCCUGGUGAUGCUGAUUGCUGAAGGCAGCCACUCUUUACACAGGCAGACGCGUGGAGUUCACGUUAAACUGCCAAGUGGCAACUCGGCGGCAGUGUCCAGUGCAGUGCGCAGUUUAAAGGAGAAGGUUGAGCAGCAGACAGAGGUUCUAAGCCGCCUGACCAAUGCCACGGAGAAACUGGCGGAUAGCUCGGGGGCCAUUCUGCGUAACUGUGCCCUGACCGACAAGUACGGGUACACCCGCAUCCAACUGGAGGAGGGCAGUCGUCCGUUCGAUGUCUUCUGCGAACAGGCACUCGACGAAGGAGGCUGGACAUUGGUGCUGCAGCGAUUUAAUGGCACGCAGCGCUCGGCGAAGGAAUUCCGCGAUGGCUACAACAGCAUCGCUGAUGGGGAGUACUUCCUGGGCACCGACAAGCUGUACGCGUUGACUCAUUCGCGCGACCACGAGCUACUCUUCGUGAUGGAGUUUGUGGACAUGACCACGCGCACCUAUCAGGCGCAGCGGUUCAUCCUGCAGAGUCCCACGGCUUACCUCACUUGGGGAAAAGAGCAGGACACCGCUCGCUACAGUUGGUCUUUGUGGGAGCAGGAGAUAGCACGCUUGCCAGCGGGAGAAUCAUGGGAGUCAUACGAGGACUGCUCUUCUGAUGUUUGCGGCCCGGAGCGCUUCAUUGUCUUCCUGCUAAAGUGGAACUUUGCUCGGCAGAACUUUAGUCCCAUAAUGGGACGUCCGGCUAUACGGCUUUACAAGCUUCUGCUGCGCCCAUCCAAUGCCUACUGGACUGUUCGAAACCCAUGAUCUACCAUAACUUAUACAAUCCUGGUUUGAUUUUCGUUCUACUUGUUUUACGUCUAAAUGCUCCCUAAAUUAAUCUUAUGCUUAGCAAACCAUUUGUUUGUGAAGACAUUGUCAGACUUAAUUGGAUUAAUUUUCCACUUCUAAUUCUACUUUUAAUUCCGUAUAAUGAACGCUAAAAGUCUACCUUUUUAACCUCUGUUCCACAGAAAGAAAACACACACAUGAAGAAAUUUGCUUUUUCAAAUGUUUUAUUGCAUGCA